GAAAGACUGAGAGUAAUGGCUGAACUUGAAAGAGAAAUAGAAGGACUUUCAGAACGGAAGAGACGUGCAUAUCAUAGGUAUAUGGACAAGCUGAAUGGAACUGAAGCCAUAAAUAGCAAGAAUGAUAGUAAGGAGAUAUCAAUAGAAGAGUAUUUUAAGAAUGCUCGUGAAAAAAUUGAAAUGCUUAAAGCAGCUAUGGAAGAGAAUGAUUUCCUUGAUGAUUUUGAUGAUCUUGGGAUAGAGGACGAGGAAGAUUUUGAGGACACUGAUAGUGAAUACAGAGAUUAAUGGUAAUAUUAUUUUGGUAUGUAUUUUAGUCGUAGGCUUAUUUAUCAUUCUAUAUUAUCUUGAGAAUCUUAAGCAUCUUUUUUGUCAAGAAGAAAAUAAAAACUUGGGAUAGGUC